AACCGUUCACGUUCUCGUCGCCGUAGUCCACCGCAAAGCCGCAGAAGGGAAAGUUCACCACACUACUCAGAGGAGGAACGGGACCGGCGGACUGUGUUUGUUACGCAGUUAGCUAAUCGUUUGACUACUCACGAAUUACGGGAGUUUUUUGAACAGGCCGGAGCUGUACGAGAUGCCCAAAUUGUUCGCGACCGUGUCACUGGUAGAUCAAAAGGUGUUGCCUACGUCGAGUUCCGACGUGAGGAUUCUGUACAGGUUGCCUUGACGCUUUCUGGUAAGCGUAUUUUGGGCAUACCUGUCAUCGUCCAGCUUACGGAGGCAGAGAAAAAUCGAAAGGCUAGGGAGCUGUCAGAACAAAAUCGUGCUUUAAGUGCCGAACUUCCGUUUCAUCGGCUAUGUGUCGGUAAUAUACACUUCAACAUUACAGAUGAAGAUUUGAAGGCGAUUUUUGAACCAUUUGGUGAAUUAGAAUACGUCCGUCUUCAGCGGGAUGAUCAAAAUCGAAGCAAAGGAUUUGGCUUCAUCCAGUUUCGCGACCCAUUAUGUGCACGUAUUGCCUUAGAAAAAAUGAACGGUUUUGACCUUGCAGGUCGUCAGUUGCGUGUAGGUCUUGGUACUGAUAAGUUUGCUACAGAAACUACUGCCUCUAUGCUUCGCAGAUUUGAUUCUAGUUAUAGCCGGUAUAAGCACGAGCAUGUUUCUCAACCCACUCCUUCAAUUUCUGCUUCUAGUGAUGAAGCUUCUCACCAGCGUCUGGUUAAAUCUAGUGACAAUCUUGAUGAAGGAAACCUUUCACCUUCCGAAGACUCUCGGCCGGCUAUUUCCCGUGACGAAUUAAUGAAAAAAUUGGCCAGAAAUGAACAAAUUGUUUCUACUGACGAUUCACUCAGCAAACCUCCGACACGCUGUGUCUUACUUCAAAAUAUGUUUAAUCCCGAGGAGGAAACUGGUGACCAUUGGAUGGAAGAAUUAGCACUGGAUGUUCGUGAAGAAUGUGAAGAAAAAUAUGGUCACGUUGCUCAUUUACAAGUAGUUCCUAGUGAUAAGGUGAGAUUUUCCUAAAGUUUGAAACGUUGAAAUGGCAACAAAGCCAUUCAAGGACUUCACAACGGUGGUUUGGUGGUCGCACGAUAAAUGCAUCUCUUUUC